AUGACAACCACUACAACCCUCAGUACUCCGACAAGUUCAACUGCUGUCACUGCCACCAUUACUUGGCGCUCCACACCCUUCCUUGAGUCUACUGUGAGCACUACUCCAUCUCUGACAUCAGUAUCAGCCAGCUCUGUGCCAAUCACCACCUCUGGUACAACUCCAACAGAAUCUUUUACCACCACUUCAGGAACAACCUUUAGUAAUUUUACCCCUACCACUGCAACUACCACCACCACCACAUCUGAAAGUGUUUCCACUGGCUCACCUACUGCUUCUGAGCCUACAGCAACAUCAAGUGCAUUCACCACUGCAGGAAGUUCUACGCAUACAGCAGUUACUCCACCCCCUUCUUUGAGUUCAACUACAAGUUCACCACCAACCACUCCUGGAAGAAACUGUUCUAUUUUGCCUAAUGAAUCUUAUGUGCCCGGAGAGUCAUGGUGGCUCUGUAACUGCACUAAAGCAAUAUGUAUAGAAGACAAUAUAGUCCAGGUGAUUCCUAUAAUCUGUAAUCCACCUCCUAAACCUACAUGUUCCAAUGGGCUUUCUCCUGUGCAAGUCAUUGAUGCAGAUGGAUGCUGUUGGCACUGGGAGUGUGAUUGCUACUGCACUGGCUGGGGAGACCCACAUUACUUGACUUUUGAUGGACUAUACUACAGCUAUCAAGGGAAUUGUACAUACGUCCUUGUGGAAGAGAUUAAUAAGACAGUUGACAACUUUGGUGUCUACAUUGAUAAUUACCAUUGUGAUGCACGGGAUGUAGUCUCCUGUCCUCGAACGCUGAUUGUGAGGCAUGAGACUCAGGAAGUGCGCAUAGCAACAGUCAAACCAAAUUCUCUACAAGUGGAGGUGACAGUAAACAAACAGGCAGUGGCUUUGCCUUAUAAAAAGUUUGGCUUGAGCAUCUAUGAGUCAGGCAUAAAUCGUGUAGUGGAAAUUCCUGAACUGAAAGUAAAUGUGAGCUACAAUGGCUUGUCCUUUUCUAUCAGAAUGCCCUACAACCUAUUUGGCAACAACACUCAUGGACAGUGUGGUACUUGCAAUAACAACACAGCAGAUGACUGCAUGUUGCCAAAUGGAAACAUUGCAGAAAACUGUGAAACCAUGGCAGAUCAUUGGCAAGUUGUCGAUCCCUCCAAACCACAGUGCUCUCCAGGCUUAAUUCCUACAAAAGCACCUGGCACAACCCCAGUGCAGCCUUGCAAAGAAUCUUCCAUCUGCGAACUUCUUUUAGGAAGUUUGUUCAAGCCAUGCCAUGGCUCUGUCAAUCCUGAGAAGUACUACACAGCCUGUGUUUUUGAUAGUUGUGUACUUCCUAACUUAGACCUGGAGUGCUCAAGUCUGCAGAUCUAUGCUGCCACCUGUGCUGAUCAAGGUGUAUGCAUUGACUGGAGAAGUCAUACCAAUGGUGUUUGCUCUUAUAAAUGCCCCUCAGAUAAAGAAUACAGAGCAUGUGGUCCUAUUAAAGAGAUAACCUGCAAAUCAAGUCAACAAAACGAAACUUCAACUAAACAAGUGGAAGGCUGUUUCUGUCCUAACGGAACGAUGCUGUAUGACUCUGGUGUCAAUGUCUGUGUGGAAACUUGUGGCUGUGUUGGGGUGGAUAUGAUACCAAGAGAGUUUGGGGAAAGGUUUACAGUAGACUGUCAGGACUGUAUUUGUGUGGAAGGUGGAUAUGGCAUUGUAUGUGGGCCUCAUGAAUGUGCCAAACAAAGUAAGACCAGUUGUGAUGGAGAAGGCUUUUAUGAAGUCAAUGAAAAUGUAAUACAAGCUUAUGCACAACUAAAGCCCCCAAGUGUGCACUGGGAUUUGAAGUUCAUUCUCACAUUCCCAGUGGUCAGUGCUGUCCUGUGUACCAGUGCGCCUGGAGAAUUCAAAAAUGAUCCUUACAACAACUGCACCAUUUAUAGCUGUGUAAAUAUCCACAACCAGUUUAUUUCCUCCACAUCUGAGAUUACCUGCCCAGCAUUCAAUGAGGACAGCUGCAAACCUGGAACUAUUACAUUGUUACCUAAUGGUUGUUGCAAAACCUGUGCACCUCUGGAUAAUCCCACACCGUGCUCUGUCCGUCAAAGAGAAGACUUUAUUGUCUAUAACGGCUGCCGGUCUGUGGACAGAGUUCUCCUGACGGAAUGUGAAGGAACAUGUGGAACCUUCUCACU